UAUCUCAGUCUCGCAGGCGGCACUUGGCACAGCGCGCGCACACACACACACACACACUCCCAGCGUGCUUCAUCUCUUUCUUUGACUCGCACGCGGGACUGAAACGCCCGCAGCUGAGCUCGCGCUGUAAUCUGUGACAGCCGGAGAUGGACAGCAGCGACGGAGCAGCCGAGGACGCGUCUCACACAGAUAUGAAGCGCCCAAAGAGCCCCAACUGGCAGGACAGCAGCCCCCCUCCCCCUAAGAGUCAGGAGGGAAAGGAGGAGGAGGAAGAGGAGGAGGAGGAUGAAGAGGAGAGGAGGGUGACGGCAGGGCACAGGGCCAAGCGAGAGCGCCGUCAAAGCAGCAGCAGUGCCACGAUGUGCCAGGUGUGCAACAUACAGCUGAACUCCAGUGCCCAGGCCCAGAUCCACUACAGGGGGAAGACGCACCAGAGGAGGCUGCGCAGACUGGCGAAGGCUGUCAGCACAGGUGCCCUCUCCCAGAGCCAGGUCCACCCACUCCUGGGCUCCCUGCCUCUGCCGGGUCGACCCCUCCAGCCGCAGACUCAUGCCCAGCUGGAGCACUUCCUGCCGCUCAGGGUCAACAGCUCCUCGCCACUCAGCCUCUUCCCCAAUUUCAACACGAUGGACCCAGUGCAGAAGGCAGUGAUCAACCACACCUUUGGUGUAGCUCCACCCAAGAAGAAGCCCAUCAUCUCCUGUAACAUCUGUCACUUGCGAUUCAACUCCACUACCCAGGCGGAAGCCCACUACAAAGGUCAUAAACAUGCUCGCAAGCUAAAGGCCUUGGAGAAUCAGAGGAACCGGCAGAAGAACGGACCAUCGACAACAGGAAAAGAGAGAGACAGAGAGAGGGCGAUGAUAGGAGGAGGAACGAUGCCAACAGAUUCACAUUUGAAAGACAUAACAGGCCCAAGUACUUCCCAACCUGCACAGCAGCAACCAGAAAAAGGCCAGUGGAGCUCGCUGACACCUGCUCCUUCCUCGCAGCCGGCAUCCACAGACUCUCCUUCAGUUGGCUCUCCUCAGUUGUCCCCACAAAUCUCGCCUGGCCCUCAACUGUCUGAUCUACCUUCAGAUGGUCCACCUGCAGAGAGGGACAGCCCGACCACCAGUUCAGCUGCACACCCUGACCCUCAGGGAAGCUCCACAGGAGGUGAGGAGGAGGAGGUGGUGAAGGUGGAGGAGGCUAAGGAGGUCAAGAGCAACAAAAAACAGCAACUCCACUGUCCCACAUGCAAAGUGACGGUCAAUUCCAGCUCCCAGUUGGAGGCUCACUGUAGCGGCUCUAAGCACAAACAGAUGCUUGAUGGUCAGAACAGCAGCCAGCCCCAACGCAGGGUCAAGAUGACAUCAUCGCCCAGGCCCACCUGCCGAAUUAAGCAGCGAUUGGGCAGCAAGACCAGAGCGGUUGUGGGUGUAUCCAGCCAGCCGUUUCAUUGUGAGAUGUGCCAGGUGUCCGUCAACUCAGAGACACAACUGAAGCAGCACAUGAACAGCAGGAGACACAAAGAGCGUUUGGCUGGGAAGCCUGUCAAGGUGAAGUUCACCCCCUAUAAUAAACUACAGCCCAGCGCUGUCUUAGCGACUAAACUAGCCCUGCAGAAGCACCUAUCCAAGGCCCUGCCGGCAGGGUUUCUGACCAGCCCCUUCAACCCAGCUGCCUUGUGCACCAUGGCAUCUGGACCCAUGGCACUACGGCUGCCACCGGGUCCCACAGCCAUAAUCCAGGGUCCCCUGAUCAGCCCCACUCUCUUCAGGCCUGCUCCUGGACCUCUGAGGGCCACACAUGCACCUAUUAUCUUCUCUCCUUACUAGCAAUGAGCCAAGCUACGCCGGAGGACCCACAGUAGAGUGGACCUAACUGAGCCAAAGCUGGACUGGCUGAAAGUUUAUCUUGGCCCAAGUGAGAACAAAGCAUGAGACAUCAGGACAAUAUGCAGCGACCUCAAGGGCAGAGUAUCAUCAUGUCAAGUUUGGCAGGGUCAAGUCACGAGAACAGUAUGCACAAUCCCUGGUGUGGACUAAGAUUUCAGCGCUGACGGACCUGUGUCACCCCCAGCCCUCCUUAAAUUUGGAUGGACCACCGCUCAGCUGUUUCCCCUCAACAAACUGUUGAGUGCAUGUUCCCCGGGGUCUGGACCCCUCUGGAAGCCAUAAUGACAAGCGUCUUUAAGUUUUAUUAAUAAGACCGUGAUAGACUAAUGAACUAGGGUGUGUAAAUGUUACUAAGUGUUAGUUGCCAAAAUUCUUUCAGUUUGAGAGCUUUCUAGUUGUACCCUAGGAGAUCAAGUACAAUACUUCAUUCCUGCUUUAGUUUUUAUAACCAAAUCAAAAUCAAGAAAAUCUAUAAAACUGGUUGCUUCCAUAUAAACACCCUCCAUUUCUAACAAGAGAAAGAUUAAAAGUAAUUUUAUUUCUUUACAGCCUUUCUUUUUCUGUCUAGAUAAAUACAUUGAUUCAUCUUC